AUGGCGUCUCCUGGCUCUGAUGGCGCGGGUGCUGCUACUGCUGGUGUAUCUGGGGCCAGCCAGCAGUCUACUAUGACCAGCUUCUUAAAGAAGAGGCCGGGGCGGCCCAAAGGCGAAGUGUGGGAGCACUUUGAGAAGAUCUCAGGGCCAGAUGCUUCGAAGCGCCAUGUGGUGAGGUGCAACCACUGUAACAAAGAGUCCACCGGCCGGGUGGAGCAGAUGGUUAUCCACAUUGCGAACGAGUGCGGCAAAGCACCCACCGAAGAGAGGAUGAAAAUGCUGGAGAAACUGGGUGCAAAGGCUGACGCAGCAGACGAGAAUCCAGCUAAGAAGCAGAAGGGCAGCACUGGGGUCCAGCAAAGGAUCAACUAUCACGUCGACACCUCGAAGGUGACGGCAGCUCAGAAGAAGGCCUUGGACCUGAAGCUGCUGCUGCUAUUUGUCAUGUGCGGCAUCCCGUUCAUGGUGGCCAGCAGUCCUUGGUUCCUGGACUUUGUCCAUGCUCUGAGGCCUAACUACAAUCCAGCAGGCGACUAUGCACUGCGAACAUCCUUGCUGCUGCAAGAGGCUGCGAGAGUGGAGUGUUUCAUGCACGCGUUUGCACUGUUCAUCGGCUCCAUUUUAGGCCACCAGUGGGCAGCCCCUCUCAUCUCUGACGCCCAGCGCGUCGUCACCCAUUUCCGCGCCAGCCACCGCUGCCUUGCUCUUCUCAACAAGCUCGCUAAAGCUUUAGGUAUCUCUAGGGGAUUGCAAACUUCCAAUAAGACCCGUUUCACUUCCGUUCACAACUGCCUCCAGUCAGUCGUUGAAAACGAGAGGGCACUCCAGGCUGUCGUCCAGCAACACCCUGAGGUCUUCACCGCACCUCGCAACGGCACUUCAAAUCCUAAAACCAUCAUCCAAGACCGGCUCCUUUGGCCCAAGCUUGAGGCCCUCUGCAACCUUCUAGAACCAUAUAGCCAGGUCAUCACUGCCAUCCAGUCACGUAACGCCACAAUAGCAGACGUCGCACGCUACUUUCUCUAUCUAGGACAGCAGGUUAAGAAGGUACAGGCAAACGAGCUCCUACCUCUCGAUUUUAAGAACCAUUGUGUUCUUACUUUCAACAAGCGUUUCAAGGAGAUGGAUCACCCAAUUCUACACCUAGCGCUCUUCCUCCAUCCCUACUACAAGGCGGCUGCUGACCAGAGGUCUCAAUUCUUGACAAUUAGUACAACGGCAGUAGAGCUCUGGAAGAACUACGGCCAUAGCCCCGCCGAAGUCAAGCAGCUGAUGCACGAGAUGGUGAUGUACAAGGCAGGGGAGGGUCCUUUUGGGCUCGUCAUUGCCCCAGAAACAUUCGACCUUCGCCUAUGGUGGCAGACCGUGCGCAACAAGCAGUACAACACCCUGGCGGCCCUCGCCCUCAUCAUCGCCGACAUCGUCCCACAUGCUGGAGACAUCGAGCGAGUCUUUAGCAUGAUGGGAUGGAUGCAAAACGACAAGCGGAACCGUCUCGGCACCGGCACCCUCGAGCUCAUGGCCAAAGUCAAAGUCUUCCACCAGGUGCAGAAGCCGAGGUGA